UCACUCUCACUUCUUGCGCACAACCAUCAUCCCCGACGACGGCCACAACGAGCACCGUACUAAUUCAACAAUACCACAGACAUAUUCAGAGCUGGCUUCAAGAGAGAUGUCAGAGCCAGAUACACCACCGAAAGUGGACGAGCAGGGGUCAGUGCAAGAAGAUGAUGUCGAGCAAGAUGACGAUUUGAAACUGUCGAGGAAGAGAGAACGGGAGAUCUCUCAAGAGCCAGCGACGCCUCAGCGCGAGGAAGACGACGAAGAAGAUGCUGAUGCCCGAGCGGCAAGGCGCGAUAGAGAUGUCCGAAGCCCCACUAAAAAGAACCGGACCAACCUUGCCUCCACCGCCGAGUCAAACGAGGAAGACGACUUCGUCCUGGUCAACGAUCGUCCACACGAUAACGGGAGCGACGAAGACGACGAAGAAGAAGAAGAGGAAGACGAGAAUAUCGACGCAGACGACGGACCAGGGUCCACGCAACCUGUCAGUGGCUCCCCGCCACACGAAACGAAGAUGCGUCAAAUCAGUCAGGGCGUUGAGGACAUCUCGUGGAGACAACAACAAGGGGCACGAAACUCGACAGAGAGUCUCAUCAAGGUCGAUGCGCCGACAACGCCCGCCGCCGCUGACGACAUCGAGGAAGCCGGGGAGGACGCGUCGCACGAUGACAGCGCCUCUGCGGAGCUCCACGACCACAGCAUGGAUGGACCCGAACUCCUCUCUGCUGCAAUUCCCGCACAUGGUUCUUCAUCAGAAGAGAAUCUUGAUGUGCAUAUCCCGGACGCAGAACGCAGUCCUCAGCCUCCGGCGAUGGAUAUUCAUCCCGACGAAUCUGCUCCCAUACCCAUGCCUGCUUACUCUACCCUUCACAAACCCACACCCGCACCUGCUGAACAUGUUGAUAUACCGGAAGACUCGGUCGAUAAGCCCAUCUCACAGAAACGCAAGCUCGAGGAAAGGGCUGCGAGCCUUGCACCCACGGAGCCUGCGUCACCGCCUCCCGCUCCACCCUCCACUUUACCGCCCUCCAUUCCCCCUGGCGAAGAGAAGGAUGCGGAUGUGGAGAUGCCAAAGAAGGAGGAUGCUGCCAAGUCAGACGAAGCCCCGACCAAGCGACCGAGGGAUGACGCCGACAAGGACGACAACCCGCGUGAAACAAAGAGGCCUUCACCGCCACCUGUUCCCGCCGAAACAAAGCCUAAGGAGAGGGCGAAGUCUACGUCGAGCUCGAGGGAACGAGCAGCUUCUGGAUCUUCGAGUACGACGACUGCUGCCGCUGCUCCCACCACCACUCCCGCCACUGCUAAGCCACCUGUUUCGGCCCCUGACUCUGAGAAGGUCACGAAGCCUGCACCGGCGCCUACGCCGAGCGGCGGCGGCUUCCUCGCGUACGCCUCGGCGGCUUCACCCUUCGCCUCCGUCAAGGGCCCCAACCUCUUCGGAUCCUCGUCCAAAUCACCAUCUCCAUGGUCCACAGCGUCCUCUUCACACACUGCCACCAAUGGCUCCGCCACCACGAGCGCCACUCCACCGACGACUGCUUCCGCCUCUUCUCCAUCCGCAGGGUCGAAGCGCAAGACGGGCUUUGAAGCCUUCGUCGGUUCUUCAUCUCCAUUCUCCUCUGCGAAAUCAUCUAGCGGGAUUGAUCGACCCAAGUCACCUCUAGCGAGGUCAAAGUCACCUGGGAGUGGACAUGGGAGGAGGGGAUCGGGGUCGAGCGUCGGUGGGGUGUUUGGGGGUGGUGGGUCGGUCUUCGGAUCGACUCCGGGGGGGUCGUCGGUGUUCGGGAAUUCGGCGGGGACGGGGACGGGUAAUAAUGGGGCUGGGGGAGGGUUUGGGGCGUAUGCGAAGGGGGGAGCACAAGGGUUUGCGAUUCCGGCGGCGAAGAGGGCUAGGGCUGGGAGUCCGAUUGGGAAUGGGAGUGAGACGUCGCUUGCGGAUCCGGAGACGUCGAGCGCGAAGAAGGAAGAGAGGGAGAGGUCGGAGAGUCGGAAUGGGAGGAAGAGCGAGGAGGGGAGUGACGAGGGGGUGGAUGGUGACGAGAAGGACAAGGACAAGAAUGAGGAGAGCAGGAGGAGCGAAAGUCGGACGAGGGAGGGGAGUACGUUUGGGGAGAAGUUGAGGGCGGAGAGGGAUAGCGAUAAGGAGAUUGCUGACGGGGAAAAUGAGGACGGGUAUGUGUGGGGCGAGGGGAGGAAGAAGGGGACGCUGGAGGAGAAGGAGACUGUGACGGGCGAGGAAGACGAGGAGACGGUACAUCAUGUACGAGGCAAACUAUACUUCCUAACUUCGGACAAUGCGUGGAAGGAAAGGGGAACGGGGACGUUGCGGGUGAACGUCAGACGAGCGGACGGGCGGGGUGCCAGGCUUCUGAUGCGGAAAGAAGCGGUAUACGCCGUCAUACUGAACGUGCCGCUGUUCAAGGGCAUGAAAUGCUUCAUCGCGGCGGAUCCGAGGUUCCUCAGGUUCAGCGUGAUCGAGGAGGGGAAGACGACGCAUUAUAAUCUGAGGGUGGCGAGCGCGAAAGCGGCUUCGGAUCUCCUGGACGAGAUCAAUGCGAAUAUUCCGAGUGGGACGAACACGCCUGCACCGGAAUUAGAGUCGGCCGUAUAAGCCAGGCAUAUAUAAUCUAUAGCGGGUCCUGACGCAACUCUUCAUAUCGCGUCUUCGGGCUGCUGAGAGGAGUGGGUAGUUGGUGGUGGGUUGAUUUUUUGGUGUAGUAGGCGUUGCUCAUAGGAGAGGGAGGAGUCCUUGCGGGCGGAGAUGUGUGCAUAGUGCUUGAGGUUGGAGCACUCAGCAGCGCCUGUGGUGUGGGUUGAACGUUCAAGUCGGAUCUACGAAGUGUGAUUGUCAUUGUUCUUGUCUCUCGUCUCGUCUCGUCUCCCGUCCUGUUUUAUCUCGUCCUGUCUUGUCUCAUCUCUGUUUUUAUCUCGUCUCGUCGAGCUUCAAUUACGCGUUUGAGUUUUGAGUUUUGAAUUUUGUGGGUCUGUGGUCUGUGUGGUUUUGUAAAGUUAUGACGUUGGUGGUGGGUUGUUGGUGGUGGGUGGGUGGUUGGCUGGAUAGGAGGGUGGACCAUUGGAUGGUUGACGGGGAGGGUGGAUGAGUGGGGGGUUGGUUGGCUGGGAGGCGGGGUGGUAUGGUGGGUGGGAGGUUGGGGGUUGAGAAGUCAUU